GCGGAAGUGAUACCCUGAAGCACCGCCUAUUUGAACUGUUCUGGAAAACUAUUGGACCAUGUCAAAUCAUAUGACGCAUCCAUUGUCUUAUGAUCAUGUCAAUCAUUUUACUAUAGCACUAGCCCCACCUUUCAGAGGUUUCAUUUCCGGUUGUGUUCCAUUUCUUUUGUCGUAGUAGAAACUGCUAGAAACUUGUGAAUGUGUGAAUAAAAAUAUCAAAUAGACGUAAGACUGACAUAUUGGAGGGGUUUCCAUAGAUAUUUUGCAAGUAAACUGAAAUUAAAGCGCCCUUUAGAAGAUCAGUUUCCUGCUGUUUUACAUAUGGUAGCUACUAAAAAAACGUUCCGCUUUACCAUGUUCUGAGGAAGGAGUGCGCUGACAGUAGGGAAGACGCUUCUCUCAACGGUUUACACUAGAAGUAAAGUCCUGUUUACAGCUAACAAUACUGGAAAACACAAAAUAGUAAUUUUUUUGUUGCAUGGGGUGUAUUCGGUUUUGACUAACGGACUGACAACAAGUGGAAAGUUUGUGGAAAGCAAAAAACUCUGCCUAAUGUUUCCGUUGGAGCUGAGUACAAGGUCCAGCUCAGAGUGAAGAAGAAACCACACUUCAGUAAACAUUUCAUCAGUUAGUUGACAGAAUGUCGGAGUCUGCUGACAGCCGCACUAAAACGUUAAAUUUCAACAUCGGGGUGCUCGGACAUGUCGACAGCGGGAAGACGUCGCUCGCCAGGGCGCUGAGCAGCACCGCGUCCACGGCUGCCUUCGACAAGAACCCACAGUCCCGGGAGAGAGGCAUCACGCUGGACCUCGGCUUCUCCUCCUUCACGGUGGAUCUUCCGGAUCACCUGCGGGACAGCGGAGGGCAGCAACCGUAUGACAGCCUUCAGUUCACCCUGGUGGAUUGUCCGGGCCACGCUUCUCUGAUUCGGACUAUCAUUGGAGGUGCCCAAAUCAUUGACCUGAUGAUGCUGGUGGUGGAUGUGGUGAAAGGGGUGCAGACCCAGACUGCAGAGUGUCUGCUGAUCGGAGAGCUGACCUGCCCUCGCAUGGUCGUCGUCCUGAAUAAGAUCGACUUACUGCCACCGAACAAAAGACAAAGUGCCAUUGAGAAAAUGACCAAAAGACUGCACAAAACAUUGGAAAACACCAGAUUUAAAGAAUGUCCCAUGAUUGCUGUGGCCGCGAAGCCUGGAGGCCCGGAAGCUGCUGACACAGAGGAGCCACAGGGAGUGUCACAGUUAAUAGAGCUUUUGAAAAAGCAUACAUACCUCCCUCAGAGAGACCCAGGAGGGGACCUUCUAAUGGCUGUGGACCAUUGCUUCUCCAUCCGCGGUCAGGGAACAGUCAUGACUGGGACUGUCCUGCAGGGGUCGCUGGCCAUUAAUGACACCGUGGAAAUCCCAGCGCUUAAGGUGACCAAGAAGAUAAAGUCGGUGCAGAUGUUUCGGAAGCCAGUGUCUGGGGCCAUGCAGGGGGAUCGUGUGGGUGUGUGUGUGACACAGUUCGACCCUAAACUGUUGGAGCGUGGUGUGGUUUGCACUCCUGGGUCUCUGCGCACCCUCUUUGCGGCCGUCAUCUCUGUGAGGAAGAUAAGCUACUUCAAGGGCUCUCUUGCCACCCGUGCCAAGUUCCACAUCACAGUAGGUCAUGAGACUGUCAUGGCAAGGGUGACCUUCUUUGGGCUGCCACCCGUCAGUGCUUCAGAGCCCCCUUCAGACUCUAAACCUCCUCCAUCAGAGCCCUGCUCACUGGAAACGCCCUUCACAUUCGACCGGGAGUACUUCCACCAGGAUGAAUAUGUUGCUGGGCAGGGAGAGGGGAGUUCAGGGCCGGACCCAGAGCAGUGGGCCUUAUUGGAGUUUGAGCGGCCAGUCACAUGUCCUUCACUCUGUCUGGUAAUUGGCUCCAAGCUAGACACAGACAUCCACGCUAACGCAUGCAGACUGGCCUUCCAGGGCCGUCUGCUACAGGGGUUUGAAGAUAAAAACUACGUCGAGACCGCCUUGCCUCGGCUGCGCAUCUACAAGACCAAACACAAGGAAGGACAGGUGGAGAGGGUGACCGAUGAUUACAGUGUGAUCGGCCGCAGCCUGUUCAAGAAGGAGACCAACCUCCAGCUGUUUGUGGGGUUGAAGGUCACACUGUCGACAGGCGAGACCGGCGUUAUCGAGGGUGGGUUUGGACAGAGUGGGAAGUUUAAAAUUCGUGUACAAGAGGGCCUUCAUCCUGAAACCAAGCAGUUGUUAUCCUCCGCCUCGAAGAAGAAAGGGAAGAGUGGAAGCAAAGGUGCAAAUGAAGAGGAGCCCAAAGCAGAUUCUCAGCCUGUUAGCAUUCACUUGCAUUUCAAGCGAUAUGUCUUUGAUCCCCAUAAAAAGAUGGUUCAGUCUUGACCCUGGCUGAACACUCUUUAGGCUGACAUUAUGUCGCAGUGCAGGUGGCAGAGAGAGGGCAGCUCCAGAGGUCUUGUAGAGGUGAGGUGAAUACCAGCAUGUGUAUCAGGGCUGUGUUAACUUUCAUUGGCUUUUUCUGGGGAUGGAGACAGUCUGCUAAAUGCAGUGACUGUGGAAUGCUGAACGCAUGUGAAACAGUGAUUGUUUUAUCUCCCCUUAAGGAGCUGGACCUAAUCCCGUUUGCUCCAUCACAAGGGUGAAAGCUGCUCUGCUCUUCCUGAUACAUUUGAUUUGUCUUUUAAAAAAAAAAAAAAAAUCAGUACUUGUGUUCUCCUGAUAAAGUCUGAAUCAAUUUCUCUGCCUAGCAACAAACUUUUCUUUUUAUGUUUCUGAUUCAGCUGAGCUCUAAUUGGUACAAACACUAGCUAGCAUUUUAAAAACACUGAGCUCACAGGUUUGCUCAGAUGUCUGUGCUCCCUGCUUCGGUUUCUCUAUGUUUCUCUACUUGGGAUUAAAAUCAUCAGCUCCUUCUUUGUGAUCUCACAGUAAUUUUUCUGUAUUUUAGUAUUUUUUCAGCUCAGAAUCAUUUCCCUCAAUGGCAGUUGAUCAAUGAUUACUGGCAGCUUGUUCGCUUGAUUUGAAUUGAUGUCAGAAUGAAGACGAAUAAAGCAAACUCUUGCUGAAA